AUGUACAAGAAUCUCCUUGGUGCCCUGGCUGUGGCGGGUUUGUGGCUGGAUGGGGUUGCAGCACGCCGCCGUCUUUCUUGCAGGGACGACUUGAACACCUUCAUCACCAAGCAGAACGACAUUUCUCUAAAGGGUGUUUUGGCCAAUAUCGGCCCAGAUGGAUCCAAAGCUCAGGGCGCGGCAGCUGGUGCUGUAGUAGCCAGCCCUAGCAAGUCGGAUCCAGACUACUGGUACACUUGGAGUCGAGACUCUGCCUUGACUUUCAAAGUCUUGGUUGAGCUCUUUAUCGGCGGAAACAAGUCUUUGCAGCCCAAGAUUGAGCAGUACAUUACGGCUCAGGCCCAUCUUCAGGGAGUCAUCAACCCUUCUGGCGGGCCAGACUCUGGCGGUUUGGGAGAGCCCAAGUUUCAUGUUGAUCUCACCGCAUUCACAGGAUCUUGGGGUAGACCACAGCGCGACGGACCUCCUUUGCGAGCCACUGCUCUCACCAUCUAUGCCAACUGGCUUAUUGCUAACGGCGGAACCUCUGAAGCUACAAACACGGUGUGGCCAAUCAUUGCCAAGGAUCUUGCUUACACCGUCCAGUACUGGAACCGAACUGGCUUCGAUCUGUGGGAAGAAGUGAACGGAUCAUCUUUCUUUACCCUGUCCGCCUCGUACCGUGCUCUGGUCGAAGGCGCUGCUCUGGCCAAGGCUCUCAACAAGCAGUGCCCAGAUUGCGAAACCAACGCGCCCAGAGUUCUCUGCUUCCUUCAGAGCUUCUGGGCCAAUGGCUACGUCGACUCCAACAUUAACGUCAACGAUGGCCGGGUCGGCAAGGAUGUCAACUCCAUCAUCUCGUCCAUUCACACGUUUGACCCUGCGGCCGCAUGCACCGAUGCCACUUUCCAGCCCUGCUCUUCUCGAGCGUUGGCAAACCACAAGGCUGUCGUGGACUCCUUCCGUACUAUUUACACCGUCAACAAGGGCCGAACAGCUGGUAAGGCUGCUGCUGUAGGACGCUACUCGGAAGAUGUUUACUACAAUGGCAACCCUUGGUACCUCGCUACAAUGGCAGCCGCUGAGCAGAUGUACGCUGCCGUCUAUCAGUGGCAAAAGAUUGGCUCCAUCAAAGUCGACGCCAUGUCUCUGCCCUUCUUCCGCGAUCUCGUACCAAGCAUUGCCACGGGCACUUAUGCCAAGAACUCUGACACCUUUACCUCAGUCAUCAAGGCGGUCACGGCAUACGGAGACGACUUUAUCAACGUGGUGAAGCAGUAUACCCCAGCAGACGGCUCUAUGGCUGAGCAGUUUGACCGAGAAACCGGAGCGCCCAAGUCUGCAGUACAUCUGACCUGGUCUUACGCAUCAUUCGUCGGGGCUAUUGAACGCCGCUCCGGUGUUGUUCCGCCGUCUUGGGGAGAGCCUACUUCCAAUACUGUUCCCGCGGUCUGCGAGGCGCCUCCCAGCUGCGACUCCACCAUGACUUUCAACGUCAAAGUUACUACAGUCCCCGGAGAGAGCAUCUUCGUCGUGGGCUCCAUCACCGAACUGAAGAACUGGUCGCCCGCUGAUGCUAUUCCCCUGGAUGCUUCGCAAUAUACGUCCAGCAACCCUCUGUGGACUGCCAAGAUCAAGCUUCCCGCAGCCACCAACUUUGACUACAAGUACAUCAAGAAGACGAACGACGGAACCGUCAUUUGGGAGAGCGACCCUAACCGUAGUGCGACCUCUUCUACGGGAUGCAAUAGCAGCGGAACCCUGAAUGAUCAGUGGAGAUGA